UUCCACAGAAAGAUAACUGGAGGCUAAUGUAGUUAUUACAUAAAUCAGAAACUCAAGCCUUGAGUGCAAAAUUCAUCUCUGGAAAGGAAGGACUGAACUUUCCAAUGUCCACUCACCUCCUCUGCCCCUUAACUGAGCUCUCCUCUCCCCCAGAAUGGUGGCUGUGACUGAACUAAUUACUAAAGUUUCAAGGAGGCAGCAAUUAAAAAGUUCUUGGCACAACUAGACUGCCAUUUAUGCAAAAUUUGAGAAACAUUAGAUUCCGAUCCUGUUUUUAAUUAAAAUAAUGGUUUUCUGGUCUUCAUCCUCAUGACCCAGUAGCCACAAGGAAUUUGAGUUACUUUGCCUAGAUUUGCCACUGCAAGGUUAGAGAAGAGAAAUGGGGAUAUUUAUCUGAAUAGGCUGUUCUAGACAACUAAGAAUAAUGACAAACCUUAUGUCUUCCAGGGUGAACAAGGAUUUCCUGGCCUUCCAGGAACACCAGGCUACCCAGGCACCCCAGUAGGUUUUCAUUUCUAACUCCCCAUCACAGACAUAAAGUAUGAACAAAAACAAUCUACUCCACAUGGUCUUGGGAAGGCUGGACAGCAAUAAUAGGCAGGAAUGAACGAAUGCUUGUUUGUGAGGUCAGAUUUAGACUUUAAUACUUUAUUUUGCUUUUGAGGCAUUCAGAGUUGGUCAGAGGAGAGGCCCAGGCUAAUAACAACUCAAAGAGUGACAGUGAUGAGAUCAGGGGCUUAGAAGCAAGACUUCACUUUAACAUCUAAAUUAAGGGGAAUGAUCUUGGAAAAGUAGAAAGGCCCUCAUGGUAGAAAGCAAACCAGGUGGGGUGUAGUACGGAAGCCCAGGAAAGAUGUAUUUCUGUAGAUGGGGGUGGCAGAAAACUUCCUGAUGCUGCUGAGAAGUCCAAUAAGAUGAAAACUUGAUGCUUUGGCAGUGGUUUUAGCAACCUAAACUCAUUACUGACCUUAGCACAGGACAUUGCAUGGGACAUGUCCAUAGCAGGAUGAAGCCUACAGGCAGAUUUGGAACUAGGGAAUGCAUAAGAAAUGAACAGUUUGUGGGUAAGAUGAAAGAAAGAUAGGACUGUACUGGGAAGGAAGAAGAAGGUGAAGAAAAGACCUAGUGGUUUACUGAAAUAGAGAGACUUGAGUUUAUUGAAAAGCGAGUAGGAAAUGGACAGUAGGACAUGGAGGUAAAAUAUGAGAGGACAGAGUUGGAGUGAGUAUUUGAUUUGCUUCUAAUUGUUAACAUGCUGGUCUUUUCCAUAGGGUGCUGCUGGUUUGAAAGGACAAAAGGUGAACCCUUUAUGGACUACUGCUAUUGAAAAUCUCUAAUCAUACAUAUCAAAAGAACUUCUACUAAAUUAUGAAACAUAAGCCACUACUAAUCAGAUUUCAUAAUCCAGGCCUUACUCAGAAACCAUAAAAAUUAGACCAUGGUAUUUAUUGCUCUUGAACAGCUCCUUCUAGCUCUUGUCAAAUCUUAAAAAUACACGCUUUGAUCUUAAAGAUACAGGGAUUAUGUCAGCCAUGAAGGAAAUAGGAUCUAGGGGAAGAGAAAUGAUCUCAUGCUCAGGGUUCCACAUUUAGGUCAGGAAUUGCCACUAACUUUGGUAUCUUGUGAAAUGAUUUCUUACCCCUAUCUCUUUCUUCCUACCACAUUAAGUUGUCAAUCUUAGAAAACAGGAAAAUAUUUUGAAUUCUUCAGAAUGGAAGAACUACAAAAUACGAAAACAUUUCUCUAAGUAUAUCCCCAAAGUACUUUUACCCUUGAGGUAGUAUGACCUUCAGUAAGUGUUUAAAGCGAUUUUGAAAACACAAAGUUGGUUGCGUUUGAUGAAGUUCAUUUUCCAGGGUGCUCCUGCUCAAGGAGAAGAUGGAGAAUACAAUGGGAAAGGAGACCAGGGGUUUCCAGGAAUUCCAGGAUUCCAGGGUUUACCAGGCCCUCAUGGUUUUCCUGGGCCUAGUGGCCCACCUGGCCUUCCAGGAUUCUUUGGCUUUCCAGGAGCUAUGGGACCUAGAGGACCUAAGGGUCACAUGGGUGAUAACAUGAUAGGACAAAAAGGAGAGCAGGGUACAAAAGGAUUAAUGGGACCCCCCGGAUCACCAGGAACAGUUAUUGUGACACUCACUGGCCCAGAUAAUAGAACGGACCUCAAGGGGGAGAAGGGAGACAAGGGAGAAAUGGGCAAAUCUGGACUUCCUGGACCCUCAGGACUGCCUGGAGAAGCAUGUGGAUCUGAACGGGGAGCUCCUGGGGAACCUGGUCCACCGGGAAAACCUGGAAAAGAUGGAGCCCCUGGCUUCCCUGGCACUAAGGGAGCCAAAGGCAACAGGGGCUUCCCAGGGUUAAUGGGUGAAGAUGGCAUUAAGGGAUGGAAAGGGGACACUGGCCUUCCAGGAUUUCGUGGUCCAACAGAAUAUUAUGACACAUACCAUGAAAAGGGAGAUAAUGGAAUCACAGGCCCACCAGGGCCCAAAGGAGCUCGUGGCCCACAGGGUCCCACUGGUCCCUCUGGAGUUCCUGGAAGUCCUGGAUCAUCAAAGCUUGGCCUCAGAGGAGCCCGUGGAUGGCCAGGUUUAAAAGGAAGUAAAGGGGAGCGAGGACCCCCAGGAAAGGACACAGUGGGGCCUCCAGGGUCCCUAGGCUGUCCUGGUUCACCAGGCCCUCCAGGACCACCAGGACCUCCAGGACCUCCAGGUGAUACCAUUUUUCGCAACGGUCCACCUGGUGACCGUGGACUGCCAGGCCAGCCAGGGUCUCCAGGAGUGCCAGGAGUUGAUGGGUCCAAAGGAGAACCAGGCCUUCUGUGUACACAGUGCCCUUGUAUCCCAGGGCCCCCUGGUCUCCCAGGAUUGCCAGGAUUAGAUGGUGUCAAAGGAAUUCCAGGAGGACGAGGUGCAGUUGGUGUAAAAGGGAGCCCAGGGUCCCCAGGAAGUGCAGGUCUUCCAGGAUUUCCAGGAUUCCCAGGUGUUCAGGGAGCCCCAGGACAUAAAGGAGAAAAAGGUGAAAUAUCUCAGCCCCACGGGCAAGUGGGCACCCCUGGAGAUCCUGGGCUUAGAGGACCACCAGGGAGAAAAGGCUUGGAUGGAACUCCUGGAACUCCAGGAUUAAAAGGAUUCCCGGGACCUCAAGGCGAACCGGCUCUGAGUGGUGAGAAGGGGAACCAGGGUCCUCCAGGGGAUCCUGGCUCCCCUGGACCCCCAGGACCUGCAGGACCAGCUGGACCACCUGGUUGUGGACCCCAUGGAGAGCCAGGUCCAAAGGGCACCCAAGGAGUUUCUGGAGCCCCUGGACCACCUGGAGAAGCCGGUCCUAAGGGAGAAUCCAGUAUUUCAACACCAGUCCCAGGCCCCCCAGGACCUCCAGGACCUCCUGGCCAUGCUGGCCCCCGAGGUCCUCCUGGUAUCCCUGGAUCCACGGGAAGAUGUAAUCUUGGUCUUCCUGGACCUGAUGGUGAACCAGGAAUCCCAGGAACUGGAUUUCCUGGGCCUCCUGGACCUAAGGGUGAUCAAGGUUUUCCAGGAACAAAAGGAUCACCAGGUUAUCCAGGACAGAUAGGAGAGCCUGGAUUUCCUGGAGAGCCAGGCUUUCCAGGAGCCAAGGGAGAACCAGCACUAGCCAGGCCUGGAGAACCAGGAAAACCAGGUUUUCCAGGAGAAAGAGGCAAUUCUGGGGAAAAUGGAGAAAUUGGAUUCCCUGGACUUCCAGGUCUCCCUGGAAUUCCAGGAAAAGAAGGGCUUGAUGGACCUCAAGGAGAUCCAGGGCAGCCUGGGCCACCUGGAGAAAAUGGAUCCCCAGGAAGGUGCAUAGAGGGGCCCAAGGGAGUCCAAGGCCUUCCAGGCUUAAAUGGAUUGAAAGGACAACCAGGCAGAAGAGGUGAAGCAGGGUUGAAGGGCGACCCAGGCAUUCCAGGCUUGGAUAGGUCAGGGUUCCCCGGAGAACCUGGGCCACCCGGAAUCCCAGGUCAUCGAGGUGAGAUGGGCCCACCUGGUCAAAAAGGAUGUCCAGGCACUCCAGGAACGUUAGGACCACCAGGUGAAAAGGGAAUGACUGGGAUGAUGGGCUAUCCUGGAACCCCUGGUCCCCCGGGGUCUCCUGGGAAGCCAGGCACGCAGGGGCAGAAGGGUAGCCUUGGAAUUCCAGGAAUGAAGGGUGAGCCAGGACCCCGAGGAGCCAAAGGGGAACAAGGAAAUAAAGGAAGCCCUGGGCCUUCCCGAAUAGCCCACCAAAAGGGGGACAAGGGAGAACCAGGACUCAAAGGACUUACAGGAAAUCCAGGUGAGAAAGGAAACAGAGGCAUACCAGGGCUACCAGGAUUUAAAGGCCUCGAAGGACCACCUGGACCAUCUGGACCACCAGGCCCUAUAGGAGAUCUGGGGAGGCCUGGAAAUCCUGGAGAAGCAGGACCACAAGGCAUGCCUGGAAACAUGGGGAACAUAGGUGUGCCAGGUUCUAAAGGAAAACCAGGCACCUUAGGACUCCCGGGUCUAGCCGGAAGACCAGGCCUUCCAGGCAUUCAUGGUCUCCAAGGAGAUAAAGGAGAGCCAGGCUAUUCAGAAGGUACAAGGCCAGGACCACCAGGACCAAAGGGGGAUCCAGGAUUGCCAGGUGACAUGGGAAAGAAAGGAGAACGAGGGCCACCUGGCCCACCUGGACAAUCAGGGCUUGCUGGAUCUGAAGGAGCACCUGGGAGUCCUGGAAGUCCUGGCCACCCAGGAAAGCAGGGUCCUGAUGGUGAUUUAGGUCUUAAAGGAAUCAAAGGCUUCCCAGGCCCUCCAGGAAUAAAAGGCCCUCCAGGUCUUCCAGGAUUCCCAGGAUCUCCUGGACCAAUGGGUAUGAGAGGUGAUCAAGGACAUGAUGGAAUUCCUGGUCCAGCUGGAGAAAAGGGAGAAACAGGCUUGCUGGGGGCCCAUCCAGGUCCAAGAGGGAAUCCUGGUGCUCAAGGUGCCAAAGGAGAAAGGGGAGUCCCUGGCUGGCCUGGCCUCCCGGGCAGGAAGGGGACAAUGGGAGAUGCUGGGCCUCAAGGACCUACAGGAAUAAUAGGACUCCUAGGGCCACCAGGUCUGCCUGGGGCAAUCAUCCCUGGCCAAAAAGGAAAUCGAGGUGUACCUGGUUUAAAAGGAAAUCCAGGUGAGCCAGGUCUCCCUGGACCUCCAGGAAGUCAUGCAAAAGGCAUAAAAGGUGACAAAGGAUUGAUGGGCCAACCUGGCUCAAAAGGUCCACCUGGAACUGUAGGAGACAUGGGGCCACCAGGUCAUCCGGGAGCACCAGGUGCCCCAGGUCUCCCAGGGCUCAGAGGCGAUCCUGGAUUCCAUGGAUUUCCAGGCAUGAGAGGAGAGAAAGGUAAUCCAGGAUUUCUAGGACCAAAUGGACCUCCAGGGCCAGUUGGGCCAAAAGGACCACCUGGUGUACGUGGAGACCCUGGCACACUUAAGAUCAUCUCCCUUCCAGGGAGCCCAGGGCCACCUGGCCCACCUGGACAACUAGGGAUGCAAGGAGAACCUGGGCCACUGGGGCCACCAGGAAACCCAGGAUCCUGUGGACCAAGUGGUAAACCAGGCAAAGAUGGGAAACCAGGAAAUCCUGGAACAGUUGGAGAAAAAGGCAACAAAGGAUCUAAAGGAGGUCAAGGACCACCGGGAUCAGAUGGAUUGCCAGGUUUGAAGGGAAAACCAGGAGACAUGGGAUCACCUGCAACUGGGAUGAAAAUGGGAGGUUUUGUCUUCACCCGACAUAGUCAGACAACAAAAACUCCUUCAUGUCCAGAAGGGACAGAGCCACUCUAUAAUGGGUUUUCUCUUCUCUUUGUACAAGGAAAUGAACAAGCCCAUGGACAAGAUCUUGGAACUCUUGGCAGCUGCCUGCAGCGAUUUACCACAAUGCCAUUCUUAUUCUGUAACAUCAAUAAUGUAUGUAAUUUUGCAUCUCGAAAUGAUUAUUCAUACUGGUUGUCAACACCAGCUCUGAUGCCUAUGGACAUGGCUCCAAUUACUGGCAGGGCUCUGGAGCCUUACAUUAGCAGAUGCACUGUCUGUGAAGGUCCUGCGAUGGCUAUAGCUGUUCACAGCCAAACCACCUCCAUUCCCCCAUGUCCCCAUGGCUGGAUUUCCCUCUGGAAAGGAUUUUCUUUUAUCAUGUUCACAAGUGCAGGUUCUGAGGGCUCUGGGCAAGCACUGGCAUCCCCCGGCUCCUGCUUGGAGGAAUUCCGAGCCAAUCCAUUUGUAGAAUGUCACGGAAGAGGAACAUGCAACUACUAUUCAAAUUCCUACAGUUUCUGGUUGGCUUCAUUAAAUCCAGAGAGAAUGUUCAGAAAACCUACUCCAUCAACUGUGAAAGCUGGAGAGCUAGAAAAUAUAAUAACAAAGUAAUGGCUCAGAAAAAUGCAUUUAUUUAGGCACUUUUUUCUAACCAUACAAUGUUAUUCUACGAAAGCUUGGUAUACAAAAUUUCAGUUUGUACCACAGAAGAAAGCAUUUCUUUCAAGAUAGUUCUGUGUUUAUGUUCUCCAAAUCUGUGCUGUUUCAAAUUUCUCUGUGGCAAGGCAACAACUUUUCUCAAAAUACUGCUGAAAUUACUUGUAUCCAAAAUACUAUCUACAUGGUGAUUGUAUAAAACUUGACUGCUACAAGCUACAAGAUAUUUGGUUCAUGGAUUCUGACAUUUGUCCUCUUUCUUCUAGUCUUUAAGACAUGGGGAGGCUCAGUCAGUCACAGAUUGCCCUACUACAUCCUUCCUGAAACUUUCUCAGAUAGAGAAAGGGCAUUUAGAACACUGGAGAACAAUGACUAGAACUGGACUGUCAGACCUAUUGAGUAGCCCAAGGCCUGAGGGACUAGAAUUAAAACUGAUGUUCGUGGAUCUUCUACAACCAAAACUAAAGUCAAAAGGAGGUUGCCCAGCUGGAGCCAUAAUAACCCUGGAAACAGUGUAUGGCUUUGUUUUAUAUUUCUUUGAAGGUUUUUAUUUGUAUUGAAUUUGUUUCACUUCAUCAAUAUAGUCUGCCUAGUACUCAAAGUGGUUAAAAGGUUUACUGAAUUAUCGUAAUAGGAUGUUGCUAUACACACACUUAGAAAUCUAACUAAACCUCUCAUUUCCAAUGCACCUGAAAACAUUACGAGGACACUACUGAUUAGAUAUGCACUUUAUCCCCAUUCAUAUAAAUGCUGGUGCAUACCUUUUUUAACUGGGUACAGUAGUUUAAUAACCCAUGAAAGAAUGUAAAGCAUUUGUUGGCUUAUCUGGCUCAGAACAUUUCUUCUGAUCUAAAUAUUUGAUUACUUGGUUUUACAGACUUGUUCCUUUGUUACUUUUCUAAUUCUUGGUUUGAAAAAAAAAAAACCAUGUUUUUAUGUCAUAUAUUUUUUCAACACAGUGGUUGAAAGAGACCACUGUGUAAAAACCUUAAUGUAUGAAUGCAUAACCGGGCAGCUAUAUGUCCUAAAACUUGUUUUUAAGUGUGUUGAUCCAUUCCCAAAUUUACUUAAUUUAACUUAAUAAUUUUCUUCAGCACCAAGCUAUAUCACAGGCACUAUAUUAAGUUAUGGAGAGACUGGAGGGUGGAUUUUGUUUCUGAUCUAAUAUCUCAGAAAGGCUCCUUACUGCUUCUAUUAAGAAUCUCAUAUAGGGUCUGGGGUUGUAGCUUAGUGGUACAGCAUGUCCUUAGCAUGUGGAAGACCCUAUAUUUGAAUCCCAGCACCAAAACCAACAAACAAAGAGAACGUCAUGUAUAUGAGUUGGCUCUCCACUCCCCAUCCCCCACCUUUUUCUUCCUUUAUCACUAUUUUUAUAUUUCACCAUCAUGAUUUGGCAGGCCUGAGUAAAAGUUUAAAAAAAAAAUAAGAACUCUGCUAAGGGAAAGUCCAAGACCUUUAUAUUCUCCUAGGCACUGAAGAAGCUAAGGUCUGAACAAAAUUAAGAAAACAAAGAUCUACAGACAUUUAAAACAUCCUUUAUACAUGAUGAUCGUUCUAUUCGAUGAGUCUUAGAGGCCAGGCAUCAUGAAGCAAAGCUUUGAAGAUGUCUUUUAAUCCACUGAGGUGGAAUUGGUGGUGCUGAUAAGACUAUUGCUCCUAUCUCAAUUGUUUUGUAAGGGAAAAUGUGAUCCACGAGCACAGACAUGGUUUACAUUCUUUGCUGCUCACAAGAUUGCUGUCAAGCCAUUUUUACAUCCUAAGACAUGCGACAUUCUAUUUAAAUUAUGUACUUAUAUUCACCUAAGACUAAGAUCUUCCUGUUCUAAAAAUAUCCUACUGUCUGAACUGUACUGCAGUGACCAAGAGGACUAGCUGAACUCCACGGUCCAGUGGUUUUCAAAAAUGUGGUUCCUGGACUGGUAGCAUCAGCAUCAUCUGGGAACUUAUUACAAAUGCAAAUUCUAGCCCACUCUAGACUUGGAAAAUUAGAAACUGUGCAGGUAGAGGCCAGAAGUCCAAGCCUCCCUCAUUAUUCUGAUGCAUCCUAGAGACUGAGAAAAGGUGCUUUAGACAAACACUCAGGAACUGGCCACAACAGUUACAGCUUUGCCUGUUUUAAAGUCCAAACUCACAGGUGACUUUAAGGUAAUAUACUUUUACUCCUACUAAAACCUGGUGCUAAUGCCAAAUGACUGGCCCUUACUUGUCCCCAAGCCUUUAUCUCCUCUUGCCCUCUGAACAGUAUUUAACCUCUGAGGAAGACAUAUGAUGCUUAAGCCUUAAAUUCCAAUGAAGCCAUAUGAACAAUUGUUAAAUCAUACUUCUAAGAAUAAGCAGGAAAAUACAGCUCAUGUGCAUUAUUUUCUAGAUAUUUAUGAAGUUAUGGAGAUUUAACCUCUAGACAAAAUAUGAGAAACUUGUUUCUUUUAAAUUUGGGGCUGCAAUCUCACAGUGUGAUAAAACAACCAAUUUCUCAGAG